AUGAGUAUCACGGUGCUGAGCAAUGAAAAUCCGCUAGGUGCAUCGCCAAGUGCGUCAUCAGUUGACAUAGUCGCUGUCCACGGUCUCGACGAAGCCAAGCUAGACACAUGGACCGAUCCCAGGACGAAUAUCCUCUGGCUGCGAGACCUAUUUCCAUACAAACAACUCAACGUGAGGAUUUUAGCAUAUGGAUACGAAGCCGAGAAUUUGAGCUCUUCACGAGAUAGCACUGCGGAUCGAACCUUGCCAUAUGCUACCACUUUGAUUGCAGCACUCUGCGCAGAACGGGAGCUUUCAAAUGCGUCGGAGCGACCGAUAAUUUUCAUCUGCCAUGGCUUUGGUGGCAUAUUGGUCAAACGGGCGCUGGCAUUUUCCAGCACGAGCCGAUCCAAACAUGUUGAACACAGACGAUCCAUAUACGUCUCGACAUAUGGGAUUAUUUUCAUGGGAACACCACAUAACGGAAUGAGCAAAGAAGCUAUCCAGGUUCAAGGUCCAUGGAAAAGCAAAAUCACAGGGCCAAAUCAGUUUCAACUCGGUCUUCGAAAGCAGUCGGAAGUACUUCGAGAUAUCGCAGACCAGUUCGCCCCAUUGAUGAAGAAUUUCUCAAUAUACUACUUCUGGGAGCAGACUGAAACAAGCACCGCAAUGGGGAAGAUCUAUAUUGUGGAUGAGCACUCUGCUGCUCCAGCUCAAGACAACGUCGAUAGAUCUGGAAUUAUGGCUACGCACUCAGGAAUGGUUAAGUUCAGCAGCUCUGCAGAUGCUGGAUAUCGAGUGAUACUUGCGACUAUUCGUCGAUUCAUCAAAGCUGGCCCAGGAGCCAUUCAAUCAAGGUGGAGGAACGAUGAGAAGCUACUUGCCAAAGAGCGAAGAGCCGAAGCAGAAGCUCUUACAGUAACUCAAUUUUUGCGGCGUUCGUCUACGAUCGAGGCAAAGUCGUCCAAGCUCAACGAGUUCUAUACCGCUCCUCGCUGCUCUACCAAUUACUUCACGGGAAGGAGAGCGUAUGCUAAAGUCUUAAAAGAAAGGUUUGCGAACCCUUUUGCCUCUCUGAAUCGGUCCGGGAGUGACUUGUUCGAUGGGUCAAGGAGAUCAAAUCAGAAAAUCUUCGUAGUGCAUGGAUUGGGGGGCUCCGGAAAGACAGAAUUUUGUCUGAAAUAUGUCGAGGAGAACAGACCAGCAUACUGGGGAGUGUUUUGGAUAGACGCCAGCAGCGAGGAAAACGCUGAAUCUGGAUUCGCCUCGUUGGGCCUACAGGCUGGGAAAGGACCAACAUUUGCCGCCGGCAUGCACUGGCUAUCCACCUGCUCGAAGUCCUGGCUUCUCGUCAUUGACAAUGCUGACGACCCUGAUAUGGAAGUAACGAAAUACAUCCCUAGGAGUGGGAAUGGCCAUGUUCUGAUCACAACAAGGAACCCAGGAAUCAUCGACUAUGCCACGGUUGGCAACUUCCAAUUUCGAGGCAUGGAUCCCGAGGAAGCUAUCGCGCUUCUACUAAGAUAUGCACAUCUGCCAAAGGAGGCAGAUGGUUUGAACGUUCAGUCUAGGAAACUGGCUGAAGAUAUUGCCUUAGAGCUGGGAUAUCUGGCGCUCGCAUUGAGACAUGCCGGCGCAACAAUUCGACGCAACAUCUAUACCUUAGACAAAUACCUCCAUUACUACCUUGGCUGGCGCAGAACCAUGAUCGGAUCUCCUCAGAUAAAAAAUGCAGACGAAGGAAAUAUUGUCACCACUUGGGAGAUUCCUUUUCGAAAGAUCGUGGCCCGCGCAUCUCGAUCUCUCGAGUACAAGGACGCUGUUGAUAUCCUGCACAUAUUUGCCUUCAUGCAUUUUGAGUCAAUACCAGAGAGCAUCUUUCAAACAUUCUGGAAUUCGAUCAACGGAACUGAGACAGACCUAGCAGAUUAUCCGGACAUCCUCCAGAAUCGAUCGAUGUUGAACGAGGAGGCUCAUGCUCGUGUUCGCGGAGCAUUUCGGGUACUUGGUGAUUACUCGAUCAUUGACCACGAUGUUGAUCGAAGCAUCUGCUCUUUGCAUCCAGUCGUUCAUGCAUGGACCAGGAGUAGGCUUGAUCCUGCAGAAUACAAACGAUGGCUGGGUUGCACAGCAGCAGUCCUCGCCCAAUGCAUAUCCCCGCACCUUGAAGCUUCGGGGCGAAAGUUUCGUCGUGAGUCACUACCUCAUAUAGACUCUUGUCUUAGGGCUCUGAAUGUGCUGUUUCCGUCGUUCCCAGAAACCACCAAACAAGCAACAGAGAUGGACAAAUUUGCCUCCGUGUAUGCCGAGAAUGGGCUUUGGAUGCAGGCUCGAGGUCUGCAACUCAAGGUCAUUGAUUUGAGAAUGAAAAAGCUGGGCUGGCGACACGAAGACACCUUCCAGGCCAAACGAAAUCUUGGACACAUAUAUUGGAAUCUUUUUCAAGUAGAGCCUUGUAUUGAAAUCCAAGUCAACAUCAUGAGAUCCCGGCUGUUCAAGCGCCCGUCGCUGGCAGACUGGAUGUCAUGGCCUCCAUGGAAACCAGAUCAUAUAGAGUACUGCACUGCACUGAGUGAUAUCACCCAAAGUCUGUGGCUCGCUGGAAAGAAUAAUCUAUCGAAGCGAGCAGGCGAACAUGCCGUUAAAGGAUUCCUAAAACAUCGUGGCCCAGACGAUCCAGCGACCCUAACUGCUAUGUUCAAUCUUGGUCGUACCUUGCAUCAUUUGAGAGACUAUGAGAGAAGCCACCGAUAUCUGGUCCUUGUCCUCCAAAAGCGGAAACGCUUCUUUGGCUCUGACCACCCUGACACAUUGAUGGCGAGAAAUGAGCUUGGCACAAGUUUUCGUGCACUUGGUCGGAUGGAUAUUGCCGAACGCCUGAUAGCAAACGUCCUCGAAGCUCGAAAGAGGACUCUUGGCGAAGAGCAUGCAUAUACCUUGUGGUCUGUGAACGAAUAUUCCAAGAUUUUGUGUGACCGAGGUCGUUCAGCGACAGCAGUUUCCAUGUUGGAAGAGAUCAUUCCAACCGUUAUACGAACGUUGGGAGAGGAUCAUGUUGGAAUGAGUAUGACUCGUGGCAAUCUAGCACGGGCAUAUUCGUUGAACAAACGAUGGGAUGACGCCGAGGGAACCCUGCGCAGGUUGGCCAGUACUGCUGAUCCCGCACACCCCCACUGGAUAGGCUUGAUGUGUGGUUAUAUCCAUGUCAGGACCAAGAUUGGUCGAAUAAAGGAGACAGAAGAUGACUGCAACAAAGUUCUCGAUGUCAUUUUGAAGCAAAAGAUCAUACUAUUGGAUGACCCGCGAUCACUUGGGACUGCAGAGACGCUUCUUGAAAUAUAUCGAGAGCAAGGACGUAAUGAUGACAUCUUGACACUCAAGAGCAGAGUACCAGGAUUGACGAUGGACCGUGGAACGCGGAGUAGUCAGUUUUCAUUGCUAUAUGGCGCUGAUGAUGAUGGUAGAGCUCCUAGUCAGCCACGUGAUGUAUUUUAG